AGUUCAGGAGCACAAAGGAUCCUGGACAGAACCUUUCUCUUUUCAAAUUGGGACGGGCUCUGUUAUAAAAGGAUGGGACGAGGGUGUGGUGGGAAUGCAAGUGGGAGAAGUAGCUCGUCUUCUGUGCUCGCCAGACUAUGCGUAUGGUGCUGGUGGAUUUCCGGCAUGGGGAAUACAGACGAACUCGGUUCUCGAUUUCGAGAUCGAAGUCCUACGCGCACAGUGAGUGGUAGGCUUUUGGUGACUAUUGAGAGAUAAUAUGCAUCCCGAAUAAUUUACCUGCCAUGAACGGACGAUGAGUAUUUUCGAGUCG